AUGUGCCCCCGUGUGUUCACCGGGGUCUGGACGGAGAAUCUACGCAUGCUGGACCCUCCCCGGGGAGCUGGUGCCCCAGAACUGAGCACGCUGGGCACGGAGAACACGCUGCUCUAUCGGCAGUGGGAAUUCCUGCCUCACCUUUCUUCCACAGCAAAAGCACGCUCUGGGGAGUGGGACCCAGAUGCAGCUGAAGAGCCCACUGGAAAGGAGCCUGGCAACAGUGACUCCUGUUGCUACCUGGACACUGGCCCGCGGUUGUGCGGGCGGGACUGCGGUGUGCCCGCGGCGCCUGCCAUGGGUCUCGCAAGGCUCUUACUCUGGGUUCUGGAAGGCAUAUUCUCGAACGUGCGCAUGGUCGGUGAUGAGCUGGAUGAAGCCACACGUGAACUCAUGCAGCAGCGUUCGGAGAUGCUUAUCGAGGAGAUGGCUCGGAUGUUGCAGGAGCUGGAGCAGCAGCAGUUGGAGGAGCUGAAGAGAUUACAGCAAAAUGGUGUGACCUGGAGUGGCCUGCUCUCUGCUGCCUUGUGGAACUGGACGUUCUGGGCGACCGCUGGCUUCCUGCUCCUCCUGAUUGUGGGGCUCUGGUGCUGCUUUAGCAAAAGAAGCCCUGAGGUGGGCAGCAGCAUCAGCAGUGAAGAGGAGGAAGACAGUGAAGAAGAUGCCUCUAGUGCGCAAAAUUUGAACACGUACAUUGCAAGGCGCAAUGAGUGGUCAGAGAACGAACUGUGGGACCAGAGCGAGUGGGUGCUUGCGGUGGUGGAAAACCUCCUCUUUGCUUGCCAAGGGUCCAUUUUCUCGUCAAAGGGUUUCUUGCCGGAGCUGGGACCAGCCAUGGGAGUGGGCAGCGCCUUUGAUUGCUGGAGUCCCCAGGACGACGAGCCUGUCUACCGUUUCCUCGUGCCCCUGACACCCCCCCGUGGCCACACCUUCCGCCUGGAGCCAGGCACCGUGGCAAACAAGUCCCGCAUCCGUGUGGAGCUGCAGUGCACGUGCACUGCUCAGCAGACGGUGGGGGGCAUGCGGUGCUUCCUUCACAAGCCCAAGGAGCAGCUCAGGAAGAAGCAGAAGCCCAGCCUCCUGCACACCCUCUGCACCAACUCCUAUCUAGAUGCGCAGAAAACUGCGCGCUGGUUCCAGGAUUUGGUGAGGGAAAACAAGGCAAUCUUGCGUCUGUUACGUUCACGUCACUGCCUUCUGACCGUGCUGCCCUCCAGACGCUCCUGCAAAGUGGAAAUUGAGCAUAUCUCUGGGAUAACCAUGCUCAUUGAGACGAUCUUUGUCGUGCAGCUGGACAACUCAGACAUCUUCAUGAGCAGCCAGGCGAGAGAGGGUGUCUUCAGCCCAAGCACAACGUGGACACUGACCUGCGCCUGGGCAGAGGCAAAGUUCUUGUGGCUGAUGUUCGAUCAGACCCCAGACGACACCUUGCUCAGCUGCCUGCAUCUCUGCACCCGCACGCUGGCGGGCACAGGCUUUUCCCGCUAUGCCUUGAAGACAGUGGUGAUGCACCUCCUCACCACCACACCCCUGUCAGGCUGGCGCAGCACACAUUUCCUGCAGCGGCUGAGUGACAUCACGAGGUACCUGCACCGUUGCUUGCAGGAGAAUCGCCUCAACCACUUCUUCUUUGGGAAUGAGAAGGUUCCUGAGGAGAUCGUCUUGCCCCCAGCCUUGGAAAGAGCCGAGCCAUUCAACCUCUUCCAGCAUCUGGCGCAGGAUCCGGCUGCCCACGAGCAGGCAACGCGUGAGUUCAAGGAGCUGCAACAUCGGCUUACAGCACAGCUCUUCUUCUAGGGGCACUGAAAGUGGUCUUCAUGCAGAGAGCCGUGUUUGCAGAGUUCACAGCUGAGGACAGAUGAGGACCACCUCAUGCAGGAGGGAGAUGACGGACAGAGUGCAGGCUGCUGCAAGGAAAGGAAGAACCUCGUGCAGUGGACCUCUGCCGAGAGCCGCAGCAUUCUCUUCUGGAUGGUUCUGAGAUAGCAGCCGUUGAAGACUACAGCGGCGACAAAGAUGACUUUCCCCGUGCUUCCUUCUCUCACUGGCUGCGGCCAGAAUGGCAUUUCACAUGGGCCAAACUCUUGGUGGCAGCUCUGGCUGUGCAGGGACAAAGCGAGGGGCACCGCUGAUGUGCCCCCGUGUGUUCACCGGGGUCUGGACGGAGAAUCUACGCAUGCUGGACCCUCCCCGGGGAGCUGGUGCCCCAGAACUGAGCACGCUGGGCACGGAGAACACGCUGCUCUAUCGGCAGUGGGAAUUCCUGCCUCACCUUUCUUCCACAGCAAAAGCACGCUCUGGGGAGUGGGACCCAGAUGCAGCUGAAGAGCCCACUGGAAAGGAGCCUGGCAACAGUGACUCCUGUUGCUACCUGGACAGUGAGCUCCCUCCCUCUUUGACAGGGUCCAUUCCCUCUGGGAGCUUUCUCUUGUGCAAAGAUACCAAUAAAUCUCUCAUGUUACACCCAAAGAAGCACAGCUGCUGUG